AUGUUACCACUGAAGCCUCAAAAGUUCCCAGGAAUGUUACCACUGAAGCCUCAAAAGUUCCCAGGAAUGUUACCACUGAAGCCUCAAAAGUCCCCAGGAAUGUUCACUGAAGCCUCAAAAGUUCCCAGGAAUGUUACCACUGAAGCCUCAAAAGUUCCCAGGAAUGCUACCACUGAAGCCUCAAAAGUUCCCAGGAAUGUUACCACUGAACCCUCAAAAGUUCCCAGGAAUGUUGCCACUGAAGCCUCAAAAGUUCCCAAGAAUUUUACCACUGAAGCCUCAAAAGUUCCCAAGAAUUUUACCACUGAAGCCUCAAAAGUCCCCAGGAAUGUUGCCAGCGAAGCCUCAAAAGUCCCCAGGAAUGUUGCCACUGAAGCCCCCCGUCCUACGGACCCACCUGUCGUUCGGUCAAACUCGUUCUUCAACUCCGAGCAUCAACCGUUCCACUCCGAGCCUUUCUUCCCCCAUCAACUCCUGGCCAGCCGGAUAAAAGAACUUGGCAUGGUGUCUCGCCUGGGGGAGGAGCCAGAACAUCCUCAGCGCCUGGGGGAGGAGCUCCAACAUCCUCAGCGCCUGGGGGAGGAGCCAGAACAUCCUCAGCGCCUGGGGGAGGAGCCAGAACAUCCUCAGCGCCUGGGGGAGGAGCUCCAACAUCCUCAGCGCCUGGGGAAGGAGCACCAACAUCCUCAGCGCCUGGGGAAGGAGCACCAACAUCCUCAGCACCUGGGGAAGGAGCACCAACAUCCUCAGCACCUGGGGAAGGAGCACCAACAUCCUCAGCGCCUGGGGAAGGAGCACCAACAUCCUCAGCACCUGGGGAAGGAGCACCAACAUCCUCAGCGCCUGGGGAAGGAGCACCAACAUCCUCAGCGCCUGGGGAAGGAGCACGAAAGUCCUCAGCGCCUGGGGAAGGAGCACGAAAGUCCUCAGCGCCUGGGGGAGGAGCCAGAACAUCCUCAGCGCCUGGGGGAGGAGCUCCAACAUCCUCAGCGCCUGGGGGAGGAGCCAGAACAUCCUCAGCGCCUGGGGGAGGAGCUCCAACAUCCUCAGCGGCUGGGGGAGACAGAUGUCAUUGGUCUGGGUUGUCUAAGGUGUUAA